UCCCAGAGUGCAGCGGGGUGACGAGGGAAGGCAGGGGGGAAGGGACAGUCGGUCGCAGAUCGUGCUGGUUUGCCGUCGCCGCUGCCGCCAUCGUGCCAGCCCCUCGGAGACCUAAGGGGCAGUGAAGGCUGAUGCUCAGUGUGCAAGAGGUCAUCGAGGUCAUUUCUGCUCCUCAAGGAGCCUGGCCUCAGUCAGCCUGCGGACUGUUGGGGUGAAGCAGGAGAUGGCGUGGUCAGCGGCCCUCUCAGAAGAGCCGUAGGAGAAGCCGUCAUGAAGGUCUCAACGAGGCCGGGUGACGCUCCAGAAUGGGAGACAAGCCAAUUUGGGAGCAGAUUGGAUCCAGCUUCAUUCAACAUUACUACCAGUUAUUUGAUAACGACAGAACCCAACUAGGCGCAAUUUACAUUGACGCAUCAUGCCUUACGUGGGAAGGACAGCAAUUCCAGGGGAAAGCUGCCAUUGUGGAGAAGUUAUCUAGCCUUCCGUUCCAGAAAAUCCAGCACAGCAUCACGGCGCAGGACCAUCAGCCCACGCCGGAUAGCUGCAUCAUCAGUAUGGUUGUGGGCCAGUUAAAGGCUGAUGAAGACCCCAUCAUGGGGUUCCACCAGAUGUUCCUAUUAAAGAACAUCAAUGAUGCUUGGGUUUGCACCAAUGACAUGUUCAGGCUUGCCCUGCACAACUUCGGCUGACCUCCUCCCAGCCAGGCACUCAUGCUGUUUCCUCCUCCCUCCUCUUCCCAAUACUAUUCACACUCCUCCAGAUGCUCCAAAUAUCAUACACAAAUGAGCAGGGCCGCGGUGGUAGUGGGCGCAGUGCGCUGCUGCUACCGAGGUAUUGUGCAUGAUGUUUGGACGCUAGACUAGUUGCAUCUGACAGGAGAAGUUUGUGUUGUACCAGCGCAUGCCUUGGAAAGACUUAAGUAAUGCAAAAGGUAAAAAAUUUUUUGUUUUUUUUGUUUUUUUUUUUAAUCUACUGACAAGUUGCUCUAGUAACCCAAAGAAGUGAAGGAGAAAGCAGCUGCCUCACCGCCCAGAUAUUGAUUUGUUCGGAUGUUUCAAUGCCUCAUGAUACAAUAAAACCACAAAAGUUUUCUUAACAGUUUAAA